AUGGCGCGCUCACGGCGCUUGCAGCGCAUGUCCAGCGGCUCCAGCAGCAGUUCCGCCUCGACCUCGCCUGAGCGCGGCAUUGACGAUGACAACGACUCUUUCAUGAUGCAGGCAAAUGACUCGCAAUCCUCCCUGGGAAUGGACAUGUCACCCGAGCAGUCGCAGACCGAAGCGAUGCGGCGGGAAUACGAAGAGCGAUGUCGAGUCUCUCCCGUGCACCGACUGCCCGCUGAGCUCCUGAUUAGCAUCUUCUCCCGCCUUACAUCGCCGCGCGACCUCCAGAGCUGCAUGCUCGUGUCGAAAGAGUGGGCGAGAAACAGUGUCGGCUUGCUGUGGCAUCGUCCCGCCAUGAGCAAGUGGGAGAGCAUACACAGCGUGGUACACAGCAUACGCAAGGGCAAGAAGACAUUUGCGUACCAGGAUCUGGUCAAGCGGCUGAACAUGUCCACACUUGCGGGCACAGUCAGUGAUGGGACGCUCCUGGGAAUGAUGGACUGCAAGCGAAUCGAGCGCCUGACUUUGACCAACUGCUCCAAGUUGACCGAUCUGAGCUUGCAGCCGCUUGUCGAUGGGAACAGGAGCUUGCUUGCUCUGGAUGUGACCGGCUUGGACCAGCUGACAGACCGCACCAUGAUCACGGUGGCAGACAACUGUUUGCGCUUACAAGGGCUAAACCUGACGGGCUGCAAGAAGCUCACAGAUGAGUCCAUCGUGGCCAUUGCGAGGAGCUGUCGUCACCUCAAGCGCCUCAAAUUCAACAAUUGCGUCCAGCUGACGGACGUUGCCAUAAUGACCGUUGCUACGAACUGCACACAUCUCCUGGAAAUCGAUCUGUACGGUUUGCAGAACCUAGAGUCUCCUGCUGUCGCUGCCAUUCUCACCUCUUGCCUGCACCUGCGGGAGAUGCGCUUGGCUCAUUGUUCGCGAAUCAACGACUCGGCGUUUCUGGAGCUCCCCAACGACCCUGAUCUGCCCGUGACUUUCGAUUCUCUGCGCAUUCUAGACUUGACCGAUUGUGGCGAGCUCGGCGACAAGGGAGUAGAGAAGAUCAUUCAGUCUUGCCCGCGCCUCCGGAACCUGAUCCUUGCGAAGUGCCGACAAAUCACUGAUCGGGCAGUCUUUGCCAUCACGAAGCUUGGCAAGAAUUUGCAUUAUAUUCACCUGGGACACUGUGCUCGCAUCUCCGAUAUCUCGAUAGAAGCCCUCGCAAAAUCCUGCAAUCGCAUUCGCUAUAUCGAUCUUGCGUGCUGCAGCAACCUCACAGACAAUAGCGUGGUGAAGCUAGCUGGCCUCCCGAAGCUCAAGAGAAUCGGACUGGUUAAGUGUGCUGGUAUCACGGACCGAAGUAUCUACAGUCUAGCGGUCGGCGAAGUCCGAAACGGCCGAAAGGUCAAUGGGAUCAGUGUCCUCGAGAGAGUCCACCUCAGCUAUUGUACUCUCUUGACUCUGGACGUAAGUAUUGGAAUCUGUCUCGAGUAAGGUUCUAACUGACAAAAUUCUCAGGGCAUUCACAUCCUUCUGAAUAAUUGCCCGAAGUUGACACACCUGAGUCUGACGGGAGUUCAAGCAUUCCUCCGCGAUGAGCUUCUGGCGUUCUGCAGAGAGGCGCCGCCGGAAUUUAAUGAACACCAGCGAGAUGUCUUCUGCGUUUUCUCUGGCACCGGCGUCGCGCGACUCCGAGAGUUCCUCAAUGAGCAGAAGGCUCAUGCGGCGGCCACCGGAUCCGUCACACCGUCCGUGGCCGACGACAGCGACCUGAUCGAUAUCGACAUAGACGACCACAAUCCCGACUCAGAUGGGAGUAACACGCCCGUAGUCAAUGUGGACGUCCACCACAACUACCCACACGGCUCAACGCCGAUCGUGUCUGGCCCUCCAGGACCUGUAGCGUUUCAUCCGAUUGCCUCGAACCCAAACCAUCAACAAUAUCACCCUUCGCAGGGUCACGGAGGCGCAAGGCCCUCUAAUCUCAGCCAGAGUGCGCCCGCUACCACAGGAGGUGCGGUCUGGUCUGGAGGUCAUACUACUGUCCUUGUCCAGCAUGGUGGUGCCGCACAGCAUGUGACGGGGAUGAUGGGCGCCACUGUCCUCGACGAAGUCGAAGGCGAUGAGGCGUUUGGAGAGGGAAGUGAGACCAUGGGCGACUAG